AUGAUUGGUAGUAUUAGACCCAGUGGUCAAAACAGUUUGGCCUCCUCAUCUACGUUUUCAAACACUCUCGUUCUUCGGCCAUCAAAAGAAGAAGCGAAGAGAGUCGAUUUCCAGAUUAGCGAUAUUAUCGACUUGGAACUCCGCGAUAAAGUUGCAGCAAUGCUCCCAUCCUACCCAUCAUACUCUCUUCUAUAUCUUACUUAUGUAUUAGUUAAGAGCAAUGGAAAAUCGGACGCGGCCCGAGAUUUCCUUCACGAUACACGCCAUAAUAAAGAUCAAUAUCUACCGAUCACUUACAUCACAAGUUUAAAGGAAAUUGGGGAUGUUACGAUGCGCGACAAAGUUGAAAGAAUUAUCAAUCUGGCACCGGAUGUGACCAUCUGGUGGGCUUUUUAUGCCCUGCAAGUUUGUGGGGGAUCUCUUGAUUGUGCCAUUGGUUUAUUAUUUGAGGGUGUUGUUGAUGCUUCUAAGGAUCCUGCGAUACAGGUAGCUCUUGCAUCUACUAGGCGUAUCAGUCCGGCAAUCAGUCCUAUGAGUAGAUUAGAUGAAAGCUUAUUUGUCGAUUCGUCGUCAGAUUCAGAAAGCUCUUUUUCUAGCGACACUAGUGACAACGAGUCGACCAAACCCACUUUAUCCCCACCUGAGCUAUUGCACCAAACACCAAAUAACUUAUUCGUCGACACUAGCGACGAUGACAAAGACCUUAAGUCAGAAGAAGAUAAUGCAACUUUGCGUGCCAGCCCUGACUACACCAACCUGCGAAAGCCAUCUAUCGAUAAAGGUAAAGGCGUGGACAAAUCAGACCCGGAGGAUUUUAACUCCGAUAUUGAGAUGAGCAGUAUUCCACCCUUCGAGGAGAGUCCUCGGGUCAAGAGACAUGAGGAACAGAACCGCACUUGUAAGUUCUGUGGGGCGGAACUAAAGAACUGGUUGACGCGAACUAGUCACGAGAAAUCAUGUCGUAUGAAGACGAAGCGAAUUUGUGUCAAGUGCAAAAAGGAAGUCUCGAAGUCGAAUAUCAGAAGGCAUGAAGCCAGCUGUGAUGGUCGUCAAACCUCAAGACGUGAUGGCCCAGAAUAUGAAGUCCGUGAUUCAACAAGAAUGAACGCUUCUCGUGACAGUUCUCCGGAUUUCGAUUUAUCCAAUUCUAUUACAGAAGAUCAGCGUCAAAAAGUGAAGGAAAUGCAAAAACACCUUCCUCACUUUUCGGUUGAUAAAUGCAUCGAGUCCUUAGCUUUGUGCGAUUAUAAUGUCGAAGAGGCUAUAGCUUUGGAGAGAGAGACAUCGACUUCAGAUGACGAACUUGAAAGCCCCGACGUUCGAGGUUCGUGUAGCCGGAAGGAUGUUUCGUUGAAGAGAGGAUUGGAAAGCACGUCGGUUGAGCGUGUCACAAAGAAGGCACGUAUCCAGGUAGGCGACGGAGAUACCAGUUUAGAGCCCGCGAGCCAGUGGAUUAAAACCACCUUUUCUGGUCUUUGUCAAAACUCUGCUAACCUUACAAUUGUCAAUCUCUCUGACUCGAAAGUUCGUUCAGUUCCGACGAAGCUUCUUUGCGACAACUCGAAAUGCUUAAAGAAUAUGAUUGGUCUCACAGGAGACGAAGAUGCCCCAAAACAGAUAUGUCUCUUUGAUGUCGAGGCAUAUCUCUUUGAUGCGCUCAUACAAUAUAUGGUCUGUCGCAACGUCUCAUUUGGUUCUCGAUUAAGCCAAACACAGAAGAUUACUUCGAUCGUAAACUUCAUAGUUGCCGCAGACGAUCUCGAAGUUGCUGGACCAGCGACUACCAUGCUUCCGGUUCUUGAAAGAAUUCUGAAGGAAGAACGAAAGGGACCGUCUCCUCCAACCAUUUUGAAAGGUGACCACGUGGAAAAGGUCUUUUCGACUCUUGGAGCUGGUCAUCCCAUUCCAAAACUAUUCGUCAGUGCAUCCGUGCGGCCGUUUCUCGAACACAAAAUUGACAACACUUCUGUCGAUGAGGACUUCGACGGCAGCUCUGAACUCGUGCCAGGUGAUAUCGAAAUCUACCGCAACAAGCCAGCGCAUCUUGCAUUCAAGUUCAAUAAUGACUUCAGAUCGGCUCUGUUAUUAAAGGUCUUUGAAACUACGAGCACUAGGGAAUGUCGACAAAACUAUACGCGCAGCAAAAACCCCAAGAAUACUACCACUUGGUUCACCGAUCCGCUUGACGAUAGCCAAUUCACCAUUUAA